AUCACACCCUCUUUUCUCUCUUCCUCGCCGUUUCAGAGUCUUCUCGCAGCCGCAGCAGAGUCGCAAUGGCACCAAAAGCGAGAGUUGCCAGAAAGACCCGAAACCCAGAUCUGAUCCGUGGUGUGGGUAAGUACUCGAGGUCCCAGAUGUACCACAAGCGUGGUCUCUGGGCCAUCAAGGCCAAACAUGGCGGUGUCUUCCCACGUCAUGACGCCAAGCCGGCGGCUGAGGCUCCGGCGGUGAAACCCCCAAAGUUUUACCCUGCUGAGGACGUCAAGAAGCCUCUGGUGAACAAGCACAAGCCUAAGCCCACCAAGCUCAGGGCGAGUAUUACACCUGGGACUGUGUUGAUUAUACUGGCUGGAAGGUUUAAGGGGAAGAGAGUUGUUUUCCUUAAGCAGCUUCCUUCUGGGUUGCUUCUUGUUACUGGGCCAUUCAAGGUUAAUGGUGUUCCUUUGAGACGUGUGAAUCAGUCCUAUGUGAUUGGAACUUCCACUAAGGUUGAUAUUUCUGGGGUUAAUGUGGAAAAGUUUGAUGACAAGUAUUUUGGAAAGGCUGUGGAAAAGAAGAAGAAGGGAGAAGGAGAGUUUUUUGAGGCAGAGAAAGAGGACAAGAAAGAGUUCCCACAAGAAAAGAAAGAUGAUCAGAAGAGUGUGGAUGCUGUGUUGAUCAAGUCCAUUGAGGCUGCCCCAGACUUGAAGACAUACCUAGCUUCAAGAUUCUCUCUUAGGUCUGGCAUGAAGCCUCAUGAGCUUGUCUUUUAGACAGUCAUCUUUUUCCGUACUUAGGAUACUUGCUCCCGUAGUCCUGCUCUUGUUUUUAUUAUUUUACUAUGAUUGUAUGUUUGGUUCACAUUCAGAUCUGAGAUUUUGUACUGAUCGGCCUUGCCUUUUAAGGGAUAUUAUGAUUUUGAUUUUCUGAUCAUCGUUU